AUGAGGUUGCAACAACUCACAAGGGCCACAGAGGAUCCAUAUACGUUGGAACAGCUAACGAGCCCUCGAAUCAACACGCUCGUCGUCCGUCCUUUGGUCGACAGGCUAUAUGACCCCGACGACAUGUCCAUAGUAUACUGCCUCCUCGCAAACCGCCUCCAGUUCCUCAGAGAGCAAACCGCCGCCAAGCACCAAAGCGUGAGCCGCGCCCGGGCUACCCUCUGCGAAAUCGUCGCCACCAAGAUCCUGCGCAAGUUGCACGAGCACAACCACCCCGACAAGGCGGGCGCCGCCGGCCUGCUGCGGCUGGCCAACGCCCUUGUGCAGGGCUUCGACCCCUUCUCGGGAGCCCCCGAAGACGUCGCCCUGGCCGGCAGGUACACGCAUUGGCCGGUGCAGCGGCGCGGCGGCAACGAGAGGAAGCUCACGGCGCUGGAGCUGGCCAUUCUCUCGGAGAGCAAGGCUCUCAUGAGCUCGCCGGCGUGUCUGCGCGUCGUCAACGCCGUGUACGAGGGCCAGGUGGUAUACACGCCCAUCUCCUUCGUGGACAUCCUGCCUGACCAUUACAAGCACCAUCCCGUGUCGCUGUAUGACCCUCGCAAGGCGCCGCUGCUGAACCACUAUCGCCUGAUUGUGCCCAGGUGGAGGAACUUGCUCGAGUCGAUGCAGUUCAUGGUGCUUCUGGGGCUGUACGUCUUGACAAUGGUGAACCGAGGCAACUCAAGGCCUCUGAAGCUGUAUGAAAGCCUGUUCGUCGUAUACACGCUGGGCUGGAUGCUGGACGAGUUUGCCGCCAUCAUCGAGCAUGGCUGGGCGGUCCACUCCCAAAAGACGUGGUCCUUCUUGGACGUGACCUUCACCAUCAUCUUCUGCGCCUAUCUCUUUGCGCGACUGUAUGACGUCUGGGUUCCCGUUGCUCAGGGCACAACAGGCGGCACAGGCUCCGCGGGGCUGCAUAUAUUGUGCGUUGCGGCACCGGUACUGCUCACGCGUGUCGCCUUCAGUCUGAUGCCGGACAACAUCGUCUUCAUCUCGCUGCACGCCAUGAUGAAGGACUUUCUGGUGUUGACGUUCCUCACCCUGUGGUGCGUGGGAGGCUUCUUCCUGGCACUGCAGUGGCUCCUGACGGCAGGGCAAGGACCGGAGCCCGAGUGGUACACGGUUGCGAAAUGGCUCCUUUGGAUCUGGUUUGGGCUGGACGGCACCGGCAUCCAGGAGAGCGUGCAGUUCCAUGUCGUCCUUGGCCCAGCCCUCAUCGUGGCCUUUGCGUUCCUGGGCAACACGCUGUUCCUGACGAUUCUGGUCGCCGUGCUGACCAACACCUUUUCGCGCAUCGUGGCCGCCGAAGCCGCCGAGAUUCAGUUCCGCCGAGCGGUGCUCACGUUUGAGUGCGUGAGGAGCGAUGCCAUCUUUGCCUAUCCGCCCCCGUCCAACGUAUUGGCGCUCUUCUUCAUGCUGCCCCUGAAGCUCCUCGUCUCGGCACGCAGCUUUCACAGCGUCCAUGUCGCCAUCGUCCGGGUGCUCAACUUUCCCGUGCUCUUGCUCAUCAGCUUGUAUGAGCGCAACUUAUUCAAAACUGGCGAGUCAAAACGAGGGGUCAAGUCGAAUCAGUUGCUCCGGUGGCGCUUCACUGGCUUCAACCCGCAUGGUGAUAUUGAAGCUGUCUUUGAGGCAGAUCCACCGCCGGUUGCAGUGGACGAGGCUGGCGAGCUGGAUGGACUGAGUGAGCUUGGGUUUACGGAUGAUGGCGUAUCCAGAUCCUCGAGGGAGAUGCCAAGGCCUGUGGUGUUUAGGCUGAGCAAUUCGAGGAGCAGGGAUGAGACGCUGACGAUGCUGGGCAGAGGGAGCCCCGGAGCGGAGGGGAUUGUAGCAUCUCAGGGAACCGAAGACUCAUGA